CCAGCGGCGAUGGCGGAGUGGCUGCAAGCCCAGGCGAAUCGUGCACGGGCAAGCCUUUCUUCCCAACCUUCCCGACUUGCCCCUAUGUCACGCUUGUGGGCGCGACAGCCGGCACACCUGAAACUGGUGCAGGCCUGUCUGCCGGUGGAUUCUCCAACUAUUUCCCUGUCCAGUCCUGGCAGAAAUCCGCCGUCAGCUCUUACAUCAGCUCGAUCGGCACGCAAUACUCUGGCCGAUACAACGCAUCUGGCCGUGGCUUCCCCGACGUCUCUGCUAUCGGACAGGCUGUUGAGAUCAUAUACAAUGGAUCGGGGACCAAAGUCGACGGAACGUCCUGCUCGUCGCCCAUCUUCGCGUCCGUCAUCGGGCUGAUCAACGACCGCCUCCUGGCUGCCGGGAAGCCCGUGCUGGGAUUCCUGAACCCCUGGGUGUAUGCGAACCCGCAGAUGUUCAACGACGUUACGUCUGGAACAAACCCCGGCUGCGGCACGAAAGGGUUCUCUGCAAAGGCGGGGUGGGACCCCGUUACGGGCAUGGGGUCGCCCAACUUCCCUGCGAUGUUGACUGCUGCUGGUCUUUAAUUUGGUUUUAUAUGUACUCGCAU